UGUCAAACUUAUCAAAUUUGAAAAGCUAGUAACGGCUUUACUACACCCCAAACAAAAAAGAUAGAAGGAUAAGGAAAGGAAAUACAAUAAUUUUACUUACUACUUCGAAAAUAAAAUGGCAGUGGAAGCCGUUAAAACUGAAUUACUGGAUCUAGAAAAUAAGAUAACUAACCAUCCUGCCUAUGGAACUUCAUACACUUGGUCACCCAGAGAUUUUGAAUUGGGUUCAGCUCUUGGCCAAGGAAAGUUUGGGCAUGUACACAUAGCUAGAGAGAAGAAAACAGGCUUCCUUGUUGCUAUUAAAACUAUGUUCAAGUCACAAAUAACGAAAUCAAAAUGUGAAAAACAAAUACUGCGUGAAAUUGAGAUACAGUCCCACUUGAAACAUCCAAACAUCCUGCGGCUACUGACAUGGUUCCAUGAUGAGAGGCGCAUUUACUUGGUGGUGGAAUUUGCAGCGGGUGGAGAGCUGUACAAACACCUCACUGAUGCACCUAAGAAGCGCUUUCCCGAAGCCAAAGCUGCCAAAUAUAUUUAUCAGGUGGCUGAUGCAGUGGAGUAUUGCCACCAGAAUCACGUGAUCCACAGGGACAUCAAGCCAGAAAACAUUCUAGUUUCCUUCAGUGGAGACCUCAAGCUGGCCGACUUUGGCUGGUCUGUGCAUGCACCAUCUCAAAGGCGUAAAACAAUGUGUGGAACACUUGACUACCUUCCACCAGAGAUGAUCAAGCGAGAAGUGUAUGAUGUGUCUGUUGAUCACUGGUGCAUCGGAGUGCUGCUGUAUGAGUUCCUCACUGGCAAGCCUCCAUUUGAAAGUCAGACUCAGGAUCAGACUUAUGCUAAAAUCCUGUCUCUGGACAUGAAAUAUCCAGAGUAUGUGCCUGAAGGAGCCAAGGAUCUCAUAUCAAAGCUGCUCCGGCAUUCAAACAAGGACAGAUUGUCUCUCAGUGCAGUGAAAAAGCACCCUUGGGUUCAGAAGUUCAGGACCGACGCGUCAUCAACUUCAUAGUAUUUGCCUGUUAGUACCUAUUUUUAUUUUAUUUGCGUUGAUUAUCCUUAAUAUAACUUUAACUAAAUACAAUUGAA